AUGGAGAAGACAACAAGUAUGAAUUCCAAGCAUACUGUCUCAGGCUCCAGUGCCGAACGAUUGCACUUCACCGGUACAAACGUGGUGAUAUUGAACGCCCAGAACGACUUAGGACACGCACUGCUCAAGCUCUUUCUCUCACAAGGCGCGAAUGUGGUCGCGAAUGUCACUGGUGGCGUUCAGAAUGUAUCUCCACUUCCUCCCCAAGGAAAACUCCUCGCACGGUUCACCACUCUCGCCACCGAUUCUUCCCUUAUCGAAGCGGCCGUCAGUGAGUUCGGCACAGUUCAAGUCCUCGUUAAUCUUGUGGAUGUGGCUCCAGCCUCUAUCACUGACGAUAGUGCGGGAGAGAAGUGGCAAUCCUCCGUCCAAGGACCCUUGAAAGCAGCAUAUAAGGCUUCUCAAGUAGUCUGGCCUCAUUUCCGCGAGCAAAACUUUGGUAAAAUUCUUCAUGUCUGCUCUCGGAGCGAUGGUGGAAACGCAUAUUACAGUGCUCUCAAGUUCGCUCUAUUGGGAUUGACCAAGACGUCGGCACUUGAAGGAAAGAAGUACAACAUCUCGACAUGUUUAGUGACGGAUUCACCACCUAACCUCCUAUAUGCCCACGAACGUAGACAAGGACCAUUUGAGAUACCAUCGCUCCAUGCCCUUGUCAACACCAUCUCUAUCCUCGGCCUGUCCAAAAACGAAUCUGAAUCUGGAACACUUUUUGAGGUAUCAGGGAGCAAAGUCACGGCAGCCCGAUGGGCUCGGUCGGCUGGAGCUUUGCUCAAGCCGGACACGACUUUUAACCCGUCGUCAGUUAGGCAAAAGUGGAAUGAUAUUGUGGAUUUGUCCAAACCGUCUUAUUCGUCGGGCCCUGUCGAUCCUUCAGAUGUACUUGCAAACCUUCCUAACCUCGGGCCCAACAAAUCCGGACAACAUGUCGGCUUCGAUGACCAAGUGGUGGUUGUGACUGGAGCUGGAGGCGGUCUCGGACGUGCUCACGCCCGCCUGUUUGCCAAGCUAGGCGCUGCGGUUGUGGUCAAUGAUCUCAAGGGCGCCGAGAUCGUGGUGGAUGAAAUUCGUGCUCAGGGCGGCAAGGCUGUUGCGCACGUAGGAUCGGCGACUGAUGGCGGUAAAAUCGUAGCCAAGGCGAUUGAGGCAUUUGGGCGUAUUGACGUGAUCGUCAACAAUGCUGGCAUCUUACGCGAUCGAACGCUUGCGAAGAUGGAAGAAGCCUCCUGGGUUACAGUGCUUGAUGUCCAUCUCGAUGGCAUGUUCAACUUGGCCAAAGCAGCAUGGCCACACUUUGUGCGUCAGAAGAGUGGUCGUUUGAUCAACACAGCGAGUACAAGCGGUAUCUAUGGCUUCUUUGGUCAGAGCAACUAUUCGGCAGCGAAACUGGGCAUCGUCGGCCUGGCUGACGCGCUCGCUCGAGACGGAGCUCGGCAUAAUAUUGUCGUAAACACGAUUGCACCUAUUGCUGCGACAUCUACUCUUGCUGGGAAUAUCAAGACCAUGCCUGGGGAAGAGCCAAAUGUGUUGAAGCCCGAAUAUAUCUCCCCUCUAGUCGUCCUGCUGGGCUCCUCUCAAGCAAAGUUUCUGGCUACUGGAGGUUUGUUCGAGCUCGCUGGAGGCUGGCACUCUCGUACCGUCCUGCAACGCAGCAAGGGCGUUCACGCCAGCGGCACGAUAGAGGCGCUCCUGACGGACUGGCCAGAUGUCUUGAGUUUCAACCCGGGACCUAUCCAGUCAGUGCCAGUCUUACCAAAAAAUCUCUUAGAAAACAAGGAGGGUAGGAGAUGGGAGAGACCAACAUUUCGAUAUGACGACCGAGACAUCAUUCUCUACAAUCUUUCCGUUGGCGCUAAGAGAGCCGAUCUCGAUCUUAUCUACGAGAAUUUGCCUGCUUUCCAGCCUGUGCCUGUGUUCGGUCUGAUCCCUGCCGUCGACUCGGAUUUGAUUUACAACAACCAGAAUCUUGUGCCAAACUUCUCCGACCGGCGGGCCCUUCAUGGCGAACACUACCUAGAGAUCGUCAAACAUCCUAUUCCCUCCAAAGGUGCGUGGAAUACGAGCGUCGAGGUCCUCGAUGUGAUUGAUAAGGGCAACGCGGCUAUCACGAUCACGGGCUUGACGACGCGUGACAAAGUCACGAACGAAAUGGUCUACUACAAUGAGGUCACAUUUUUCCUGCGUGAGAGUGGCGGCUUUGGAGGGCCUCGAACGCGCCAAAGCCUUGUGCGUGGUCCGCCACUGUCCACCCCGCCCAAAAGACCCGCUGAUAAGUCUAUCGAGCACCAAACCUCGGAAGAACAGGCUGCGCUCUACCGGUUGACAGGCGACAGAGUCUCGAUGCACAUCGAUCCUUCAGAAAGUUCCAAAGCCGGGUUCCCCAACCCGAUCCUUCGCGGUGCAUGUUUCCUGGGCAUCACGGGAUAUUACAUCCUCCGCACCUAUGGACGUUAUCGCUCCAUCCGCAACAGGUUCUCGGGUGUGGUGAUUCCUGGUCAGACUUUGAGAGUGGAGAUGUGGCGGGAGGCAGCCAAAGACGGCGCCGACCUGGUUUGUUUCCAGACCACCGUGGUGGAAACAGGAAAGCGAUGUAUCGAGGGUGGAGUGGCGGUGCUUGUUGAGGGACCAGGACAAAAAUUGUAG